AUGGAGAGCCGGGGACCCUGGAUGCCCGGCCCCGGGCUCUUCCUGUUGUUGUUGCUGCCCUUUCCAUUGCUGAGUGCAGGGAGCUUCAAGCACAGUGUCCUGGACCGGAGAAAUUUCCGCCAGUUUGACAUUAACUUGAAAGACAUUUACAACUACUUCAGCCGAGAGUGGAGAGAUCUCAAGAAGGGCAAGUCAAAGAAGUUGUAUGACUGCGAUGGUGCCUUUGACCUCUACUUCGUCUUGGAUGCCCCUAAACUGCGAAUGUCCUUCAUCACCUACUCGCAUUAUGGCAACGUCCUCAUGCGCCUCACCUCAGACAGGGUGGUUGAGGUUGAUUACACUCUGGACCAGGGCAACUCCUUCAGUGAGCGAAAGUUGAAAGUCACCAGCAAGGACUGUCUUCAGCCUACAGAGCCCACGACAACAAAGACAACCACAACGACAACAACGACCACAACAACCACAACCACGACAACCACAACCACCACAACGACCACGACCAAGACCACGACCACGACCACAACCACGACCACACCAAUGACCACAAAAAUGCCAACGACCCCUACGACCCCUACGACCCCAACGACCACAACGACCACCACAGUUACUACCGUUCUCACAACAACCACAGUGACAACAGUUGUCACGGAGCCUGAGGUUGUUCCAGAGGAGGAGACCACAGUGGCCAUUAUUGUCACUGAGAGCCCGGUUCCCAGCAGUCCUCUCUUGUGCCUUGCGCUCAUCCCAUCCUUGCUCAUGAUCCCGUUGCUCCUUGUCUGCAUCUGCUGCUGCAAGCGGAUCGUCAAGGAGCCACCAGCAACCCAGAAACAAGAAAAAAAACCAUGUGCCAUACAGCCAUGUACCAGGGUGAUCUUUCCCCACUGUGAGUGCCAGGAAGACAGCAUAAGACCGAUGGAGGUGAGAAGGGCCCUUGGGGAGGGAGGGUUCACCCCCUCCAGUAGGAGGUGUGAGGAGAGGGGAGCCAGUUCAAACCACACAGGCUUGGGCCUGGAAGGUGUGGCUUGGAUGGAGAUGAGCUUUAUGGGCAUUGGGCUUUGA